AGCCCAUCUCCAGGUCACGUAGGGCCCACCGUGAAUGAGGUCUUUCUAGGCGCCACAGCCGCGCAAAUGAUAGGAUGAAUUGUGAGAAAAGAAAUGGCAGUGCAUGUGGCAUUACUCCUGUACUUGUAUCUGCAAUGGAAUAUAUUUUUUCAAUUCGCUACAGAAUAUUAUGGAGAAGGGACUUUUUUCCCUGAAAAUCCAAGAAAUUGUUCCUGGAUGACUACUGCCGGUUUGUGGAAUGAAACUUUAUCCACAAAGUUCGUGUAUUCUUUACAUAGAGCUGUUGCCAUGCUACGAGAGAAUACCGGUAUCAUCACCACAACGGAAGCUAAUACAGGAUGCUUUGAAUAUUUUUUCAUUAUUUCUUGGAUUGUAGCAAAGAUAAUCAUCCUGCAAGGAACUUUCAACUACACAAUAAAGGCGUUCGGCCUUGAGUCAGCCAGAGCAAAAUAUUUUAUAAUGGCUAAGCAAGUCCAGACGUUCAUGGAACUUAGAAAAUUUCCACCCAGACUUAAGAAAAAAAUCCUAAAAUUCUACGCUAUCCGAUUCCAGUCUCAUUUCUUUGUGGAAUCCCGUAUAAUAGCAUGUAUGUCAGGUCAACUCCGUGAAGACAUUUUAAUGCACUCCGGAAGGCAGCUUAUAAGCGAUGUAGAAUUCUUAAAGACACUGCCACGGCAAUUGCAUCUACAGAUUGGCAUGAAGUUGGGAAUCGUAAUAUUUAUUGCUGGGGACAUAAUAUUGAAAAUAAAUACUUCUGGAGACUGCAUGUACUUCAUAGACAGAGGUACAGUGGCAAUAUAUUCAGAAUCAGGGAAAGAAGUAUGUCAUUUACACGAUGGAGACUUCUUUGGCGAAAUAGCACUUGUAAUGAAACAUCGAUUUCGAACAGCUUCGGUAGUUGCUGUAACAAACUGUGAGUUAUUUCGACUUGAAAGAGCUGAUUUUGAAAGCUCAAUCGCUUGUUAUCCUACUGUGCUUGAGGAGAUUAAAAGAGUUGCAACAAACCGAAUGGAAAAGACAAGGGUAAUGGAUGAUCAUUACAGGAGCGAAAUUAGAGAAAGUAUGGAAAGAAGAAGCAUCGUUAAUCUGUAGUUUUAAUUUUAUUAAUCUUAAGUCUGUAUCAAAUUAGACGCUUGUAGAAGCCCUGCAGUCUGUAACGCUGCAGUAAUUUUUAGUUCAUUUAUUGUGACUGCAAAAGUGGCGCUCGCGUGUCACGACAGUGGCGCAUGGCGCUGUCUGUAACUGCGCUUCUAAAUAUUGUAUGAAAAAUAGUAGUGGCGCAGCUGCAGUGCAACAAUGGCGCCACUGCAGCGCCUUUAAAAGCGUCUAAUUUGAAGGUGCCCUUAGAGUUGGACAACUUAGACCAUAUUCCAUACAAAAUACGCACUUAGUAUGGAUACGGCAGUUCAGUGGCGUUCAACACAAAAACUAGGCAGUGUGGUGGGCAAAGUGGCUCUUAGCUGUACUCAUCGUAGACGCUUUACUUAUUACUUCCUUAGUUAUAGUUACUUAAUAUAGAUUUGAUUCUAUUUUUUGUUGAAUAGCUUAAAUUUAUAAGAAUUCUUGGUUUAUGUGUGUAUUUUAAAUUGUUAGGGAAGAAUGGACCCACGGUUUUUUUUUCGAAAUUAUUUUCCAAGAACAUAAAUGAGAUUCUGUUCUUAUGGUUGAAUUUAUCUACGGAGCGUAAAAAAGUAGACCUAGUUUUUAAGUUUAUAUUUUUUCCGUUAUUUUGACUUUAAGAUAAAAUAAUAAAACUACU